CCUCCUGCAAUGAACACCAUGGAUACUUCAACAUUAACUAUGGUGUCUCAGUCAGAUCAAAACCCUAGACAAAACCAGACCUCCAUUGAACCUCUUGAAGCAGAAAGCUUCAAUAAAAUUGGUGAGAAAAGAAGCAAUAAGAAGCUCAAUGGUGGAAGAAGAUACCUCGGGGUCCGACAACGACCGUCGGGACGAUGGGUGGCUGAGAUCAAGAACUCAUCUCAGAAGCUGAGACUAUGGCUGGGGACUUUCGAUAAAGCCGAAGAGGCUGCCUUGGCAUACGAUAACGCCGCCAGGGUUUUACGAGGAAAGGAUGCCAAGACUAAUUUUCAGUAUGAAGAAAACUGCAGGAAUCUGAUAGGGAAGAUUAAUCCAAGGGUUUAUCAGCUUCUUCAGUUAACGAUCAUGAAGAACCAUGCAAGAUCAACAGCUUUGAAAAGUACCAUUAAUGGAAAGAUGGGGAAAAAAUGGGACCCUGUUGGUGGUGGUGAUUUCGAUACGGUUGUUGAAGAAACUAUAUUUUGUUCUUCAAGUAGUUCAGAUGAUCAUCGUCAUGAUGGAGGAGGUAACAACAACAACAAGCUUUGCAAGGUCUCGCUUGGGAAUUCUAAGGUGUAUUCUUCUGUUGUUGUUGCUCCUUCCUUUGGUUCUUCUUUAGAUCAAUAAGGAGAAUAUGAAAAACACUUGUAAUACUUGACAUGAUUCACAGGUUUUUGGUAUUUUUCAUGCAAAUCAGUACAAAAUUGAC